UCUCACCCUCCUUCCUCUCCAUCCAUUCCUCUCUCCAGCAAACAUGGACGUCUUCUCACCAUCCCAGGUCUACUACGACAGAGCGUGCGCUUCGUCUCCAGACAGCCUGGAGUUCGGCCCCGGCGUGGAGCUUGACGGCUCUGAGGAGGACGAGCAUGUCAGGGUCCCUGGAGCCCCUCACCAGCCGGGACACUGCCUCCAAUGGGCCUGCAAGGCAUGCAAGCGCAAGUCCAACUUUGUGGACCGCAGACGGGCUGCGACUAUGCGUGAACGCCGGCGGCUGAAGAAGGUCAACCACGCUUUUGAAGCUUUGAGGCGCUGCACCUCAGCCAACCCCAGCCAGCGCCUCCCAAAAGUGGAGAUUCUGCGCAAUGCCAUCCAGUACAUCGAGAGCUUGCAGGAGCUGCUACGAGAGCAGGUGGAAAACUACUACGGGAUACCUGGAGAGAGCAGCUCGGAGCCUGGGAGCCCGCUUUCCAGCUGCUCCGACGGCAUGGCGGACACCAACAGUCCAGUGUGGCAGCAUCUGAAUGCAAACUACAGCAACGGUUAUUCGUAUGCGAAGAACGAGAGUUUAGGGGAAAAAACAGCCGGAGCCUCCAGCCUGGAGUGUCUCUCCAGCAUCGUGGACCGGCUGUCCUCUGUGGAGUCCAGCUGUGGACCUGCAGCUCUGAGAGACAUGGCCACCUUCUCCCCGGGCAGCUCCGACUCGCAGCCCUGCACGCCAGAGAGCCCUGCAUCCAGGCCCGUCUACCACGUCCUGUGAACUUUGAUAUAUUCCCGCAGGCUGGCGCACUGCUUUCACCAAACACCAGCUGCAUUUGCAACAAGAGAUAAGAACUUUGUGUGAAGGAGACUCAGCCGACGACCUGCAGCUUUUAUAUUGUACAUGAGAUUGUAAAUAUGUAAUGUAAAUGCCCAUUUAUUCUAUACAUGCUAUUAUACCCCAAUGAGACAUAUUUAAUUAUGACAGUUAAUGUAAUGUUGCAUUAUUCCAACAUGAAGUGGUAUUUAAGCAGUUUUUUCUCCCAUGUUGUUAUGAAACAUUAAAUCUUUUACUGUUUUGUAAA